UGGUCACUAAAGCUGUCUGUUUUGACUUGGUGAUCUGCGCAGGCGCAGAAACGCAGCGGGCCUGGGCAGUGUUGACGACGCGGAGCUACCCGAUCCGUCCGAAAUGGCAGAAGUGGAGGAGACACUGAAGCGACUUCAGAGCCAGAAGGGAGUGCAGGGAAUCAUCGUGGUGAACACAGAAGGCAUUCCUAUCAAGAGCACCAUGGACAACCCCACCACCACCCAGUACGCCAGCCUCAUGCACAACUUCAUCCUGAAGGCCCGGAGCACCGUGCGUGAAAUUGACCCCCAGAAUGACCUCACUUUCCUUCGAAUUCGCUCUAAGAAAAAUGAAAUUAUGGUUGCGCCAGAUAAAGACUACUUCCUGAUUGUGAUCCAGAAUCCAACUGAAUAAGCCACUCUCUUGGCUCCAUGCAUCAUUCCUUAAUUUAAUGCCCCCCAAGAAUAAUAGUGUUAAUCAUGUCAACCAACUGGCAGGUGGAAAUCACCUUAGAGCCCAUGCAGACCAAUCCAGUGACCAGUGUGGGCUGCAGCUCCACCCGCCCACCAAAGGCAUCCCUCUGCUGGCCAGUUCCCCUGAGUUCCCAGGAGGCCUCUCUCCUCAAGUCCAGGUUUCGGAACAAGAGCUUGUGAGAGACCCACACCCUGCUUCCUCCUGACGUUCAGUUCCUUUGUUGCCCUUGGAAAAGGCUGCUUUUCUUUAACUAAAAAUAACUGAAACUUGCCCUGUUGUGUGUCUUUAAACACUAGGUUGAAAGGCCGCCCUCUUCCUGUGUCAUCACGUGGCCUGAAGGCUGAGCCCUGGGGCCAGCUCCAGCCCUCCCAGCAGAUGGUGUUCGUAGCGUGAGAGGCCUGCUACUUACUGCACCUGUGGCCAUGCUUGCUGGGCUGCACCUGGUUUAUGAUCCGUGCCCUGGUGUCUGGGUCUCUUGUCCCGAGCCGUCCCUUGUAUCAUUUAUCACUCCCACCAAUGUUUUGGGGGUUGGUUUGUUUAAUCCUUACCCAAGGGCAUGCUGAGAGAAAGAGAAAUAAAUGUCAUGUGAGAGAAGCA